UUAAAAGAGACGAGACACGAGAGAGUUAUGAAGGCAACGCCCAACACACAGUCGCUGCGUUCUCUUCACUGUAACUUACUGUUGCUCCGUUACCGCACCAACUAUUUGCUUAUUUUAGCACUCGGCGCCAGCAGGAAGUACGUCCCAAGACUCGGUUACGUCAAAGUUGACCGAAUAUAAACCGAUAACUCAGUGAACGUCUGCUCACGGGAGUACUGUAAAGAAGUUUAUUUAUUAAGAAAACAUCCGCAGAAUGGCAGAAACAGACGCGACUCCUUUUGCAAGCUGCUUGGAGAGACUGAAGAGUUAUGUGCGUACUCGAAAAGGGACGAUACUUGCCGCUGAAAUACUUAUCAGUUUCAUCAUCAUCAUCUGUUAUGCUGCAUCAAUGUAUGGCGGAUAUUCAGCAGUCGCCAUCUGUGAGAUGGUCUUUGCCAUUGUCUUCUUCGUUAUCUUCAUGAUGGAGCUGGACAAAUCCAUUCAGGUUGUGAACUGGCUCUGGAGUGACCUGUUCCGCGCUGGGAUUGGUGCACUCCUGUAUCUCAUAACCUCUUUGAUUUGUGUAAUUGGUGGAGCUGGGGAUGGGGCUCGCAUCGCUGGUGGGGUGUUCGGACUGUUGGCUGGAAUUUUGUUUGCCUAUGAUACUUAUACAAUCUUCCUGGAGGUCAAGAGCAACAGGCAGCACACAGCUGCAGCCACAGGUCGCUGAGGGCUGUCCAAAGAAUAUUUACAACUUUCAUUUGCCAUUUGAACCAAACAGUUAUUCUGGGGGGAGAUGCCAGGGCUAGCACUGCUAUUCCACUAAAAAUAAUGCCAGUUUAAUCAGACAAAGCAUUUUAUAAUGUAGCUUCGAUCCUCUGCUCACAUCAAGUAACUAUAACCACUUAACCUAACUAACUAGUCCCUAAUUAUUUAUUUUCUAUCUUUUUUUUGUGUUUCCUUUUUGAUUUUUUAACAGAUGAGGGAGUGUGAAAACUACCCCCCUCACUACAACAUUAACAGCAACCAAAACAUGGACAAUACAUUUUUAAAUGGUUCAAAUGGAAGACGUCCGGAGACUGAACAAGAGCUAAAGACCAGAACGAUGAAAGACAUGGGAAAUUUGAUGCAAAAAUGGCAUGAAGUAAUUGGAAAAUGCUGCAUUGUAACGUGUAAGAAGAACCACCAAAUAUGAAAGCCAUUGUGAUCUAAAGAUUUAUCACAAGGUUUGGGUAACCUUGGUUGAUUUUAAAUGCAAUAUAUAUUGAGAGGUAUUGCAAAAAAAAAGACUUUUAUUUUGUUGUUAUUUUGACCCAGUGAGUUUAAAUGAAGGUACAAUUACCACAUUCAAAUGUUGAAAACUUGAGCUAGUUUAGUCUGGUGCUGUUUUUGUGUAAUAACACAUUUUAUAUUAAGUUUGUUACGGUGUAAACAUUCAGUCAUAGCCAUGUAACUCAUGUUUAAUAAGUAUUUUAUGCCUAAAGUAGAGUUAGUUGUAAAAGUUGAUCUGUACUUUUAGAUUUGAAGUGGGAUUGGACUCAGUUCCAAUUCAAUGAAUCUAGUUUAUAGAUCUGUUCAACUCAGUUGCAGUCAAGAGUAAGUGUUUAGCAGGUGAAUGUUAAAAUAUAAAGAACUGAUUUUAACUCUAAUAUCUUUUACGUUACUAUGUAACAGGUAUUUAUUAUAGCAGUUCAAACCAGUUCAUCCAGAUACCAGUUCAUUUGUUGGUACAAUAUGUUUGUUUUCAUUAACCUGCUUACAUAUUAUAACAUGUUACCUCAAAAAAUGCCAUACAUGUGUUCUUUUUUUUUAAUUAAAAAUAAACUGAGUCAUAUAUUGGA